CAUUAUGGAAAUCUUCAGUAUUUCUAUAGUGCAUAUUAUUUGAAAGGGAGCCAACUCCGUCGUCCUUGCCUACCAAUUAACGAUUAUCCAACCUUCCCCCGUCACUUUGGACAUUUCUUGAAAACAGGUACAUUUUCGUCCUUAAAUUUUGUACAUCUUUCAUCAAAAUUCAUAGGAAAGGAAAAGUUUAUUUGUAAAAAUCAUAUUGCAUUGUUAAACAUGAAUAUCUAUGUCACAUUUUCAUCGUACUUUAAUUACGGAUUAGUUGAAGAUUUUUCAGUAAUUUGAUGGAUUUUCUUGCAUUUAUCCAUCGUCUGUGUAACGCUAAAAAAAAAAAAAAAAAAAAAAAUGCCGAAUUUAAUUUCAUGUUUAUCUACAAUUCUUUAAUUUUUACUGAGAUGUUAUAUAAAUAUUGUUUAUUGAUGCGAAUCCUAUUUUAAUUCUUUAUUUUGCCAUUAUUAAAUGCAUUUAUUUGCGGUAAAGAGCCUGGAGUCGAUAUGACCCAGUUUAUGUGUAUCAUGGAAGUCGUGUUAUACAUGUAUACAGCUUAGAUCUGAUCUACACAGCUGAUCGCAUAUAACGACGUUUAACUGAAGUUCGGCAUACUUUUGUAGAUGAAUCCAACUGAAUUUUUCGUGAUCCUGGGAAAUAUUGAGAUAAUUAUUAUUUUGACUAUAUGGAUGCUAAAUAUAUAGAUCUAUAUAUCCAUAAUAUUAUGCCCUGUUUGGUGAGCUUUAGAAUAUUUGUAUUUGCCUUAUCAUGACUUUUUGUCAUAUUUGUAAUGUGGGCUUUGUCUGGCCAUUGUACCAAAUUGGUGCCAGUCAAAAAAUUUUGACUGCAAUUAUAUGUUUGUAUAUAUACUUCCGAUUUUCAUUCCGGGGAUACAAACAUAAUAUAUGAAUUGUUUCCGAUUAUCCGGAAUGAUCACAAUAUUGUUGACUUGCCAUUAUGCCUUGUUGGCGUGCAGUCAAAUGUUUAUAUACAGGCUUUGUCUGGCCAUGAUCACAAUACUGUUGACUUGCCAUUAUGCUUUGCUGGCGUGCAGUCAAAUGUUUAUAUACAGGCUUUGUGUGCCGGCAAUUAUAUGUAUAUAUUAUAUGAUAUUACAAAAUUUACAUAUAUAUUGUUUAUUACAUUGUUCGGAUUGAUUCUUGCUAUAUUGAUAUGUCAUUAUUCCAAUUUUUUAGUGUAAUGUUGGCUUUCUAAUUACGAUAUUCAUUAAAUUUCCCAAUUUCUACGGACUAGUAGACUUUACAACACGUACCCUUGUUUUUACCGCAUUUAUUAAUUUGCAGAUUAUAUUAAUUUGUAUAAUUUCAAUUUUAUUUUUCAAUUUUCAAGAAUGUUCCCUAUAAUGAUUUAAAUUUAUUUCCAGUAUGUACGAUAAGUAUAUACUAGUUGAACUAUAUUUGCCACUUAACCUCUCCCCCACCCCUUCCCCCAACCUCCUCAAAGAAAUUAGUAUAUUAGAAUUAUAAUUUUCCUUUCAUGUUGAUUGACAUCAUGCCCCGAGCGAGACGUGGUCGUGAGAGAGCACUUCGAAAUCAAGUUCAGUAUAUGCGCCAGAGGCCAGAUGCCCAGGUGGAGCACCAGAUACCACCCGUACCUUUGCCAGUUCCACAGAUGCAGCCACCACCACCACUUCCACAGCAACCACCACAAAUUCCACCACUUCCACAGCAACCACCACAAAUUCCACCAGACCUGAAUCUACCUCCACAACAUAUCCAACAUCACAACAUGUUACCUCAUCUGCAAGACGAACCUCAACCACCUCAUCUGAAUCUACAUGACCUCCCCCAACAGCCGGAACCAGGUGACAUGCAGCUUGCACUUCAAGCCAUUCCACAACAGAUGCCGCCAUUGCCUCAGCCUGAUCACUUCAAAGUCUGGGUGACUGGCUCCUCAUUGAUCAGAGAUGCAUUUUGGAGGUCUCAGCACAGACCGGACGGUGUACAUUUAGGCUUAGAAUGUAUAGGCGGCUCCAUUCUUUGGGAUUUCCAGCCCGGAAUGAAAAUCGAACACAUUUGUCUCAGGUUAAACGGCUUAAUUACAACUCCCCAUCCUUUACCAAAUAUUAUUGUUAUCCACUGCGCUGGAAACGAUAUUGGCCAGACAAGUUUAUCUUAUAUUGUUAGGUAUUUAAAAACCUUAUUUCAUGAUCUUGUUUCCAAUUACCCUGGAAUAUUAUUUGUAUGGUCGGCCAUUUUACCUCGUAUCGCUUAUCGAAACGAAACAUCUCAUUAUAAGCUUGAGAAAGCCCGAAAAAGAAUUAAUAGUUGCAUAGGUACUUACCUUAUGAGACAAGGCGGGGCUUACAUUCAGUAUCCGGAUAUCAUUGAAAAUUCCCCAGAAUUAUUUAGAGACGGCACUCAUCUGUCAGACAUAGCAAAUGACAUUUUCCUUAAUAUUUUACAAGGUGUUCUAUUCCAUUUUGCAACGACACCUAAUAGGUUUUUUCCUUAAAAUUCCUGGUAUUUCGUCUAUCAAAUUGGCAUUUUUUGUUUGUGGCUUCAUCUUUGACAACGUUCUGUUCCGCAUAUAUCUUGGGGAUUUAUGGCGGGUCACGAACAUAAAUGGUUAUGGACUCAUUUCUGUUCGCGCCUUGGCAUUUGCCAGCACGUUGUCUGUUUUUCAAUUCAUAGUAGAUGUGAAUAACAUAUUAUACUUCCGAUAUCCGGAGUGUAAUGUUUCCGAAUUUCCGGAGCAAACAAUUAUAUCAAUACAUUAUUUCCGAUAAUUCCGGAAUAAAUAUUCAUAUUGCAUAAUAUUUCCGAUUUUCCGGAAUUUAUACAAACUAUAAAUGUUUUCUAUAUUACUUCCGAUUUUUCCGGAUUUCUUAUAUGUCAUUAUUUCCGAUUGUCCGGAAUGACAAACUAUUUUACAAUUCGUUCAUGUUGUAAAAAGCCAUGAACAAUCAAUGCCAAAAUAUUAAGAUUUACAUAUAUCAAUUAAUAAAUUGUUUUUAACUGA